GAGCUUGAGACGCACAUUACGCAGAGGACGCGAGGACGAAACCGGCGCUUUUUACGCAGAGAGCUGAGCGGUGGUUUUAGUGGAGGGGGACUGUGAGACACUGCGGCGUCCGGACACAAAGUGACUGGGGAGCCGGGGAGGACAAGAUGGUGCAGCACACAGACACCAGCGAGACGGACGGGAGCAUGUCCAGGGAGGCUACGGACUCGGAGGAAAGUGAAUUUAUGGCAUGCAGCCCCGUGCCGAUAAACCCGGACUGGUGCAAGACAGCCACCGGCCACAUCAAGAGACCCAUGAACGCGUUCAUGGUGUGGUCCAAGAUCGAGAGGAGAAAGAUCAUGGAGCAGUCGCCGGACAUGCACAACGCGGAGAUCUCCAAGCGGCUGGGGAAGCGCUGGAAGAUGCUCAAGGACAGCGAGAAGAUCCCGUUCAUCCGAGAGGCGGAGCGGCUGCGGCUAAAACACAUGGCCGACUACCCCGACUACAAGUACAGACCCAAGAAAAAACCAAAGCUCGACAGCUCCAAGUCGUCGGCGCCUUCUCCGGAGAAGUGCGCAAAGAUGACAAAGACCCCCAGCAAGAAGUGCUCCAAGAUAAAGACUAAGAGCGCAUCCAGCAAGUCCUCUCACGGCUACGGCGACGACUGCGGCGUGUUUACCGGCUUCAAAGUUACGAAGGCGGUGGUGAAAAUCGAGCUCACGGACGAGGACGACGAGGACGACUACGAGGACUACCGGAUGGCGAUGGGGAUUAAGACCGAGGACGAGGAGCGCCUGAGGCCGUACAGUGUGGCCAAAGUUCCCGCGAGCCCAACUUUGAGCUCCUCGGCGGAGUCCGAGGGCACGAGCAUGUACGAAGAAGUGCGGAACAACAACAACAGACUGUUUUACAAUAUCAAAAACAUUACCAAGCAGAGUGCGUUGCACGCUGCGUCCGUGUCACCAGCAUCCUCCAGGUCGGUCUCCACAUCCUCCUCCUCCUCCUCAUCCAGCAGCAGCUCCUCUUCUUCCGGCGAGGAGGCGGACGAUUUGCUGUUUGACUUUAGUUUGAAUUUCGCCCCCAGCGCCCCAGGCUCGGAGCUGGGCAACCCCAAUUCAGGAAACCUCUCCCUGUCUCUUGUGGAUAAGGACCUGGACUCUUUCAGCGAGGGCAGCCUGGGCUCUCACUUUGAAUUCCCAGACUAUUGCACGCCAGAACUCAGUGAGAUGAUUGCCGGGGACUGGCUGGAGGCGAACUUUUCCGACCUGGUCUUCACAUACUGAACUGUGUGAGAGAGAAAGAACGAGAUGGAGGGAGGAAGACAAAGUUCCUCUUGUAAUAACAGAGAAGGGAGCGUUGAAAUUAUAUAUGUGUCCCGGUCAUGUUGUCCCUACCGCCCUGCCUCCUCCUGUCUGCGGGUUUUUCCCCCGAAGGGUCCUAGGUGGGAGGUGAAGGGACCAGGAGGCGAGGUGAGGUUUGAGGAAUGAGAUGCGUAUGAAGAUGGUAGCAACAAAAAAAAAAUAACAUAAAUAAAAAACAACAGCAAAGUCUGCAGGCGUUUUUUUCUGGCAGCAUGACAGGGUUUUUAUGGAUUUUUUCCCCUUCCAGUAGGUCUGCAUUUACUGUUCAGCUUAAACGGACCACAAAAGGGAAAAACGUGAACUUCUAUGCAUCUUAUCCUCUUAAAACUAAAAAAAAUAACUGCAGGGAGCUGAAAACGGACUGUGGACUGACUCGAAGCAAAUCUGUGAACUGACAAUUGUUCAGGAUGUUACUUUACAACGGUUUAUGUAAUUUCUAAAUGCCGCAAAAAUGUUUGUUUUUUCUCUGUUCUUUUUGUAACUGUUUCCGUUUUACCUCCUGGGUUUGGACAAAUUACGCAGCCUAAACCUCUGCAGAGUACAGGUGUGGAGGGGAACAUUUUGAUACAUAACAGACCUCAUCUUUUUAAAAGAAAAGUAAGAUAUUUUCAGGCAUAUUUUUGUACAGUUCAAAGGGAAUGUUCUUACUGUGCUUUCAGUGAGUUUCAGGCACUUCUUCCCUUUAUCCUUUGUUUUUACGCAUGCAAGGGAGUCCUGGUUUUUAAGGAUUAAGUUAAAUUAAAACUUGCAUCAAAAAUGCCUUGUGAUUUUAAACUAGGUUUUUGUACAGUUGUAGAGCAGAUUUGUUGAGUAUUUGUAGACGAUACAAUGGCAUCAUGGGGAACACAUACCUCAGAGCUGGAACUAGUUUCAAGAUUGUAUAUGUACUGUAAUAUAGUAAAGUUAGGAGUUUAUGUAUAUCAUACUCGUGAUAUGUGGAUGGGUCCCAAUCGCAGGUGUGAAACUGGAUUUUGGUAUUUUUUAUGGCACAUACUGUUUUUCCCCCCUCUCAUUUUUUUGUGCAAUAUAUACUCUUAAGAUACAGACCAUCAACAAUUGUAGCAAGUGAUGGAGAAACAGACUUGUGCACUGUCAACAUCAUUUCAUGUUAUGAUGCUGAAGCCUGUCCGGGCAGAAAAAAAUAAACAAAUCAGCUGGAACUGAUACAAAAACGAUUAAAUAUGGCCUCAUGGUGUGAUGCAUACGUACAGAAACUGAUAAAUAUUGAAACCAAUUGAAUGUUAUUUUGACACGUGCGAUUCGGGGCGAUGGGCGUGAGUGACACCAAACAGUUUGAAUCCGACUGAACAAGAAAUUUGGGGAAAAACACAAAGAGUUCUGCGAAAGGACAUAGUCUGAUAAGAGUGGUGGUCUGGCAUUAGUUUUAACAGGCAAGCAAAAAAGAACAUUCCAUAAUCCUGUUUCAUGAAAUGAAACUUUAUUUUAAAACUGAAGACUGCCUUCUUUUUUAAAAAACAUUAACCAUAAACCUGUAUUUUUUAUUUCUUGCACUUAAAAAAAAGCAGAUAUUGUUUAUUUUUAUGUGGGUCUUACAUAUGAAGUCUGUUUGAUAACAAGGGUUUUGGAAUAUGACCUAAUUAUAUGCCAAGACGUUUUGUUUGGGAGUUCUGGGCAGUAGUUACUUCACAUUCCAAGUGUGAAUCUGUCUUUGACUCAUCUUUUAAUAAAUAAGUACCUACCACCA